AUCCAUCUCAGUCCUACUCUUUUUCUCGUUUUCUUGAUCUCUUCACCUUUUCUUUACCUCCAAUCCAUUGAAGAAGGAUCAAAGCAUGGAGCAAUCUUGGCCGUCGUCAUGUUUUAGGCUUCCAAAUCCGUUAUCUUCACCCUACGACGUUGGCUUCCACUUUGUUCCCACCGAUGUCGAACUCUUGCAUUACCUCCGAGACAAGGUUCUCAACCCCAGCUAUGAUCCUGGCUUGAUUAUGACCACCGAUGUUUACAAGCAUGAACCCUGGUUUCUCCCCUGGGAUCCCGCCGAUGACUUCCUUUUUCAUGGCCAUGAGCGUUAUUUCUUUGUCCAGAGAAAGCCCUUCUCUAGAAGGGAUACGGGGACCAGGCCCAGACGCACCAUUGAUUCCGAACAAGGCUGGUGGAACUCUAACACCGACGAUAAACCCAUCUACGAUGAAGGAGGAAUGGUGAUGGGUUUCGUCAAGUCUCUCACUUUCUUCGUCAAAGACGAAACCAAGAAGCGUAAGGCUGGGGAUUCUAAGAAUCGGAAGCAAGAUGGGAUAAAAACGGACUGGAUUAUGCAUGAAUACAUGCUAGAACAAAGGAAAGUCCGACAAUGGGUUCUUUGCCGUAUUCAAUACAAUGGUAAACCCCCUUUAUACUUCUCACCAUCACCACAGAUGAUAUCGCAGUGCAGCGGAGGACCUGAUCCGCUACAACCACCACCACCACAGACGUUGUAUUGCAGCGGAGGACCUGAUCCGAUGCAACCACCACCGCAGACAUUAUGGCAGUACAGUGGAGGGCCUGAUACGCUGCUGCCACCGCCACAGGCAUCACAUUGCAGUAGAGGACCUGACGAUCUGACGCAACCAUCACCUCCACAAAGCGACUCAGGAGUAGUAGGGUUCAAGAAUCAGAGUCACAGCCCCUUUAAGUUCAAGAAUCAGUAGUAGUGGCCGGAGUUGAUGGCGAUGCAGAAGAAGAUAUAGCCAGUUGGGUUGAUUCACUCAUUUGUGAUCUUGUUUAAGAUUAAUUGACUAUCCAUGUAAAGAAAAAAAGAAAAAGAACUUAUGCAUGACACUACAAUGAUCCAGUUGUAAAUCUUAUUCUCUCUCUCUUAUUAAUCUCUUUAUUAUUGUUUGCACAAGUCAUAUUCUAGCUUCUGAUCUUUUGAGUAACAAAUGAUAGCUGCUUUG